CAAUAGCGAAUAUUCAAUUGACAAGUACUAUCGCCCAUGUCAUAAAGUCGUCGAAACUCAAAUAUUAAAAUAUCCCAAGUGUGUUCCUGAUAUAAUAAAUGAUGAAAAGGUCUAGAUCACAGGAUGGUCUAUCCAAUGAUUUACGAAAUGUUGGAGGAAACAAGAAUUCACAAGAUGUUGCCAGGUUGAAAGCUAGACUUCGUGAUGCUUAUUCAGAUGAAACUAGUUUUGAAGGAUCUCAACACACCGUGAAACCGGAUAAACCAAAAAAAGUUCGAUGUAUAACAAGAGCAAUGGCUGAAGAUUUCAGUAGAGAGCAAGUUCUUUUCAGUUCUCUAGUUGAAACGGUAUUCUACAUCUUUUUCGCAAUAGCAUGUUGGAUACAUGUUGCCAAUUUGAAAAAUUCCGAGAUGUACUAUAUGACAGAAGCAAUAAAACAGGGUUUCUUCAAGAAACAGUUUGGGGGUAACGACAAGGAAGGAAUCGAACCAAUAACCUUCGCUGACAUUUCAACAGUUUCUGACAUGUGGAAUUUCAUCUCCUUAAUGUUCAUCGAUACUAUAUAUUUCGACAAAUACUUCAGUAAAUUUUCUCACGUUGAAGAAGCGAGAGCAUUGAGCGUAUUAUACGAAAAUGUGGUUUUAGGGGUUCCUCGUAUAAGACAGGUGCGUGUUUCUGAAGAUUCCUGUGAGAUACAUCCUUACUUCCGAAGACUGUUCAGACUAUGCUUCUCCUCAUAUAAUGAGGAGUCCGAAGAUAAAAAAACAUUUGGAUUAGGCGAGGAAACUGCGUGGGUGUAUUCAGACGAUACCGUCACCGAAAACAUUGAAGUAUCAGGAGCAGUGGCCACCUAUGGGGGUGGAGGAUUCUACCUAGAUCUCAAUACGAACGGGACAAGCGCUCUGGCCCAAAUAAAAUACCUGGAGGACAACCUCUGGAUUACCAGACAUACCAGGGCUGUGUUUGUUGAUUUCUCGGUUUAUAAUACGAACCUGAACAUAUUCGGAGUAUGCAAAAUAAUAUUCGAGCUACCGCCAACUGGGGGUGUCUUGCCUAGUCACAAAUUUGACUGUGUGAAACUGAUAGUAACGUACGACUCUUGGAACUACUUCGUCUUCAUUUGCGAGUCGAUCUUCUACAUUUUCAUCUUCAUCUAUAUGUUGCAAUCGCUUAGAGAAUUGAUUUAUUUCAAAUGGAGGUAUUUCGUGCGCUUUUGGUCCUAUAUAGAUUGCACGAUUACAGCUCUUGCCAUCUGGUGUCUAUUCCUCAUGAACUACAAACGGAAUAAUAUAGACUACUACCUAUCGAAAAUAAAGGAGAAUCCCUCAAAAUAUGGAAACUUGGAGUACAUAUCUUAUAUACAGGGCUUACAUGACGACGUCGCAGCCAUCACUCUGUUUUUCGUUUUCAUACGUUUCUUCAAAUACUUAAAUUUCAAUAAGACUAUGGGACAACUCAAUGAUACACUCAAAAAGUGCACAUGGGACAUCAUGGGCUUCUCCAUCAUGUUUUUCAUCAUUUUCUUCGCUUAUUCUGAACUCGGAUUCCUUCUUUUUGGAUCACAGGUGGAAGAUUUUCGAACUUUUGGUCAUUCAAUGUUCACCCUGCUGAGAACAAUUCUUGGUGAUUUCGAAUAUGGUUUGAUAGAAGAAGCACACAGAAUACUAGCACCGAUAUAUUUCCUGAGCUACAUUUUUCUAGUUUUCUUCGUACUCUUGAACAUGUUUUUGGCCAUCAUCAACGAUACCUAUGCCGAUGUCAAAACGGAAUUAGCUAUAGCACCUACCGAACUGCAAAUGACCGACUAUUUGAAAAUGCACUUAUACAAAUUGAUAAGCGCUAGUAAAUGCUGCAAGUUCAAGUUGAAAGAUGUCAAGAAAACAGAGUACAGCUUGACUGCAGAAGAAAUACGAACAGCUCUCGAAAAAUGCGGCUUCAGUUACUUGGAGAUAGAAAUGUUCUUUGCCCGAUACAAUAUAAAUCCAGUGGCUAUGGUAACCGAAUAUGACAUCAGUAAGCUCAUUACAGAAUUGGAAAGUAUAACACCAGAAGCUACAUCGGAAAAACACCAAACACCCGAAGCUGCAAAAACCACAGAUGAUCUGCUGCAACAAAAGCAGCAGCUCAAAGACAUGGAAGCUACUAUGUUCCAACUGGCUUCAAAAAUUGAUGACCUGAUCCAAACGAUAGAAAGAAUACAUGCUGAGCAGAAUAAGAAGAAAGGCUCAUGGGAUAGUUUACUUAAUCUCUGAAAUAAUUUUAUUGUUAAUGUUUUAUUUUUUAUGAGAAAAUUAAAGCAACGAAGUUGAA